UGUGUAUAUAGUCUAACUUCCUUGCUUUAGUCCAAACUAUGUUUAGGUAGGUUUUAAGAUUGUAUUGGUCGCAAGCCGAACAACGAGCCUAUGUAGAUAUUGUUAGCUAUAAUAUGAUCUUAGUGGGACUCUUACCAAGCUAGCCACAGUAGCUUGUACUAAUGUUGGCUCCAGUUCUCCAGCCACCCAAACGGAUUAGCUUUGCUAGUGUGAUGAAAGGCGUGAAAGUUCGCAAGCGAGCUAACGAGCAAACUGCACGUCUGUAUGUGUAGCUACCUAGCUAACAAGCUAGCUACAUUUCUCCAGGGGAUCUCUCUGGUUUAUCCACGUUGAACUGCAAUGUGAGGACGCUCUAUCGUCAGCUAGUUGGAUGAACUAAGCGUCAUUCACAGAGAGGGGCGGUUCUCUUCGACAAACCAGCCAGGCAGCCGCUAGCUUCGCUAUCUCGCUGGCUGCAGCAGAAAUGUCGGAUAUGCCGUCUGCCGAUGACUGGAUCCUCUGCGAGGAAUUGUCAUCCUUUAUCAGAGGGGUCCGUAGACCCUGAUAGUUCGAGGAGGGUCUGAGCCGGGGCGUUGACAGGCUGCAGCUGCCCACACACUGUCUUCAUCUCUGGAGCCGGAGAGGCCGGGCAUGGGGGUCUGACCCUGGAGGACAGCAGCCGACAGAAAGAGAAAAGAGGAGACAGAGGACAGGAGAGAAGAAGAGAGAAGACAGAGAAGAGGACACAGUUCAGUUACCAUGACACAGAACAGAGACUUGGUGGUGUUUUAUAUCCAGUAUAAACUUGCUCAAAGAGACUUCCCCCUCAGUCACAUAGAGCUGACCAGCACGCUCCCAGAGCGGAUCGAGGGGGGGGGGGGGGACCAGGGGGGGGCCUCACUGCACGCCAACGGGUCCCCUAACGGCAUCAGCCCCGGGACGCCCCCCCCGGCCCAGCCGCCCUCGUCGCCGCGGAGACGUCCGUCAUUGGGGGCGGGGCUAGACGAGGUGAAGGAGGCUCUAAGAGACUCGGCCAACGAGUUUGAGCUGCGCUACGCCCGCGCCUUCAGCGACCUGUCCUCCCAGCUGCACAUCACGCCUGGCACCGCCUACCGCAGCUUCGAGAGCGUCAUGGACGAGGUGUUCCGCGAUGGCGUCAACUGGGGACGCGUGGUGGGGCUGUUUGCGUUCGGAGGGGCGCUGUGCGUGGAGUGCGUGGAGAAGGAGAUGAGCUCGCUGGUGCCACGCAUCGCAGACUGGAUGAGCCUCUACCUGGACAACCACAUCCAGCCCUGGAUACACAGCCAGGGAGGAUGGGAGCGGUUUGCAGAGAUCUAUGGUCACGACUCGGCGGCCGACAGCAGGAAGUCCCAGGAGAGUUUCAGGAAGUGGCUGUUGGCGGGGAUGACCCUGGUGACCGGGGUCGUGGUGGGGUCGCUCAUCGCCCAGAAACGGCUGUGAGAACGACCCCCCCCCCCCCCUCCCCCCAAACCACUCCCACCAGCCGUGGAAGAAAACAAAUGAUGUUUUUCUCUCAUCUCUCCUUUA